AUGUCACCACCUCCAAACGACCAUGAAAAACGAGACAGAAUUAGGAUCCUUCGGUCUCCAUUGGAUCCCCGAAUACCCAUGAGCUCAUUGGCUGGUCUACCUGACGACGGUACUAUCCUUGUACUCAAACACUUUUAUGUGGAUGUCUGUACAGAUAGCAUACGGCGGCUAUACACCAUUGUUCCCGAUUUGGACGACUCACAAGAUUAUCCAGACUCCCCUGGUACUAACGAUCAGACUGGAACGGACACGGGUACAGAUAUCAUCCGUGCCUGGUUCCGCAUCAUGAUUCUAAACGAUAGCGAUGCUGCAACGUUGGAACAUGCGACAAUGUCGAGAAGUAUCGACAAGUUUCUCUCGGGUUGCCAGGCCAGUCAGCUCGAGAUGUAUUGUGAUUUCUUCGAAAAAGCAUGGCGACCUCACGCUGUUCAAUAUCUCCGCGUCGCGAUAUGUGCCCAGACUCUUGCCGGUGGGGACAUCAAAACCAUCCAGCUACUUGGAGGCACUAUACCAAGUACCACCGAGGGAUUGGAGAUGAAUAAGCCAUGUUGGGAUAUUCUGUAUGUUUGCAUUGAAAACCCGAAGAUUCGACUAAUCUGGUCUAGUUAUCGCUGGUUCCCUACGCUUCUCACACCCUGGACUCUCGCCAGUAUAUGCUCCAACUUUGAAGAUUACACAACAAUCUGCAAGCUGCUUAUGCUCAAAUUAUACAACAACCACUGGUAUGAUCGAAAAAGUAUCAUGGGCGAAUGCGCCACGGGUGUGUACUUGGGUUUCAUACCAAUGAGCAAAGGGGACUUUACCUCGAUCAACGGUCUGAAGCAAGAGGAGGGUAUGUGGGUGCAACGACAAUCGCGCAAUUAUCUGUGUGGGCAAAUGGCCAUAGGUCAUCCCUUAACUCAAGCGUUCUUGAGUGAACUGCGCAAGCGAACCGCAUCACUAUAUCUCGUCGUGUACGAAGGCACACUUGCUGACGCGACUGUCCACCCAACUGAGCCAGAUCUAUUCAUCAGCCGCCAUCGCUCGGCAGCAGCAUUGGAUGAGUUGGAUAAAGUCGACUUCACCACCACACUCACCCUGGAAGAGAUCAAAAACCAGCUGCGCAUGCGGAAAACAUCAAUGUACGACCCUAUCGUAGUCGAUUCUUGGCAAUUCAUCAUCAUCGACCGUGAGGUCGGGUUACCUUUCCGACUGAUAGACAUCGUACAAGACACACUCCUCAUGCUCGUUGGCGACCCAUCCCCCCGGCAAAUGGCCAAGCGGGUGAUCCGCGAGAUCAUCCCCUCCUCAGCACAAGAGAGUUACCUAGAAGAUAUAAAAAUCGAAUGCUCAUCCGAGCUACGUUACCCACCGCCCGGCGAAAUCCAGCACGAAGGCAACAGAUGGCGAACAUACAACCCCGACCCCUCAAUCAUCGCCGCAAAACAAAUCAAAUCAAUCCCACAAAACAUCUCCCGAGACGACAACCGCUUCAUCCGCCGCGCAAUCGAAGACAUGGAACGCUACGGCAUCGUUAGUCUUGCUCCAGAGUACGAAGAGCCACAGACGCGACCCAUCAUCAUCCAAGGCGAAGACGGCAACCCAGAUCUCUACUUCCCCUACGACGACAGCGCAACAUCAGUAGAAGGCGAGCGCUUGCCGAUUUUACCUCUACCUCCGCGAACUUGUCUGGUGGAUUUCGCGCAUGCGUUUAAGCAAAAGUAUUCGAAUGCUAUUAUGGCAAAGGGCUCGAUACAAACGCAUUACUGCGCUUGGCCUAUGCCUGCGAUAAAAAGUCUCGGGAAAAGUGGUUUGAACUUUGCUACGUGGGAGGGUCAUGUGUACCGUUGGAAUGCUAUGCCAUUCGACCGCCCCUCCUCCGCAAACGCCUGGCAAUACUACAUCCAACACUUCCUCAACUCCAAGUACACUUUCGUCAUGUUCUACCUCACCACCUUUGUGAUUUGCGCCACGGACCAGGAAGACGGCGAGCGUAAGACGGCGACGCUGCUCGAGGAGAUGGAGGAUAGGGGGUGGAGGGUUACGCUGCCGAGGGUGCAUGAGUGGACGAGUGAUGUGGAGGAGUUGAGGUUGGAGAGGCUGUUUGGGGGGAUUAGGGCUGCUUAG